UAAGCGGAUGUGGUUGGUCCGCCAUAUCAUUCGUGUGGGUCUGUGCUUGUGUGGUUUGGGUGUCUUACCGGUGCCAACCAUUAUUUUUAAUUAGUAAUAAGUUAUGCGUAUGAAUCCAGACAUGGACGAUGAUGAGAAGGGAAAACUGUUUGUUGGUGGGCUAUCAUGGGAGACAUCGCAGGAGAAUCUCCAGCGCUACUUUUCACGUUAUGGUGACGUGAUUGACUGUGUGGUGAUGAAGAAUAGUGAGUCUGGCCGCUCCAGAGGCUUCGGUUUUGUGACCUUUGCUGAGCCCUCACUUGUUAAUAUUGUCUUGCAAAAUGGCCCUCAUCAGCUUGAUGGCAGGACAAUCGACCCGAAGCCAUGCAAUCCACGCACGCUUCAGAAGCCCAAACGUGGGGGUGGCUAUCCCAAGGUAUUCCUUGGGGGUCUGCCUUCGAACAUUACUGAGACCGAUUUGAGAGUUUUCUUCGGAAGAUACGGAAAGGUCAUGGAAGUCGUAAUCAUGUACGAUCAGGAAAAGAAGAAGUCCAGAGGUUUUGGUUUCCUGUCAUUUGAAGAUGAGAUGUCCGUAGAACGUGUGACUCAGGAACAUUUCAUCAACCUUAAUGGAAAGCAGGUGGAAAUUAAGCGCGCUGAGCCCCGUGAUGGGUCUGGAAAAUUGGGUAGUGGCGGUAGCGGCAUGGGUGGCGGUGGUAUGGGUGGAGCCCCCGGGGACGCGCCCGCUGCAGGCCAAUGGGGACCGCCUCAAGCCCCAAUGAAUAUGAUCCAGGGCCACAAUGGACAGAUGGGUGGUCCACCCAUCAACAUGCCUAUGGCUGGACCGAACAUAAUGCAAGGAUACCAAGGCUGGGGGACAUCGGGGCAGACUUCGUACGCGUCGUACGGCGCAGCCGGUGGAGGUGCGGGCCCCGGCAACUACCAGGGCUGGGGUGCUCCGCCCGGGCCCCAGGCUCCGCCGCACGCGCCCGCCUGGCCUGCCACUAACAACUACACGCAGCACGCGCAGCCGCCGGCUCAGGGCUACGGCAGUUACGCGAACUACAGCUCGGCGCCGGCGGGCGCGUCCGCGGGCGGCAGCUGGACCAACUGGAACAUGCCGCAGAACUCCAACUCGACCGGCUCCGGAUCGUACGUGCCGCUGUCCGAGGGCGGCGAGAUGUACGGACGCGGCGGAGGCGCCGGAGCCGGAGGGGCCGCGCCCGCCUUGGCCGGAGCGCUCUCUUCUGCGGCUCUCAGCAAGUCAUCGUCGGCCGACUACAGCACUUACCAACAGUACCCGCCGGCUUAUCAGCAGGACCAGGGCUCGUCGUACGGCGGCGCUUCUCGGGCCUACAGCGCGGGCGGCGAGUACCACUCGGGCGCCGCGCAGCCGCCAGGUUUAUGUAUAGGUGAUGAUUAUGAAUACACUGGCGGCUCCGGAGAUGGUUACCAGAAGACAUCCAAACGGAGCUACCACGGAUCUUCGGGCGCUGCUUCCGCCUCUUCAUACCAUCCCUAUCGGCGUUAAUGAGUAACCCUUUGUUUCUCAUGGUAGCCUGGUACCUGCGUUUGUGAACGGCUGGCUAGCGGUUCUCUUUUGACGUGGAGCUUUUUUCUUUCUUUUUUUACGAUCCUCCUUAAGUUAGUUCACUUAGAUUUUUGACUUUAUUAUAAUGACAUUUUUUGCCAAUCAUUACAGAACCGCGCAGCAGCUUAACAACUUUGUAAAAUAAUGAUGUAUCUUUUCUAUGAGCAAUCAUUGAGUUUUUAAAUGUCUUUUUUAUGGAAUCGCCUCUGUGAGAAUUAAUGAAUUAGUAUUUCUCUAAAUGAAAAUGCCUAUGCAUUUUUAAAUAUUAUCUCAAAGGUGUGAUUCCGUGUUAUUGUUAAGAAGUUAGCAUAGUUUUCUUAUUCAUGUACUUUCAAUUUGGGUCUGAACUAGUUCCAAAUUGUAGUUUUCACAUACAAUACGAAUUGCUUUCGUAAAAUAAGACAAAGUCGUAUUUUUAUAUGAUAUAUUUGAUUAAAAGCAUUUUAAUUAUAUCAGUUACAAAAGUCAAGAUAACAUCAGUGUUAUUUUCGAUUUAACCAGACGGUUUACAUAAAAUUACUCCUAAGUUAUUACGAUAUCGCGUCCAAUUAGAAUUACUGCAUUUAUAAACUUAUCCUUUGAACUAGACAAAAGACAUCGAAUUUUUCAUCUUGACAAUUUUGAUUUGAUGCGCUUUUCACAAUUCAGAAAAUAAAUGUCCAUGUAUUUAAAAAAAUACCUUCGCAAAAGAUACUACUGUUCAAUGACUAUGUAUUUUGUUUAUUUCAAAUAAAAUAACUUCUAUCUAUAAGUUUUCUUUAACUUUACAAUCAAGACUGAAUCCAUUCCUCUGAUGAAGCGAACCUCGUCGCGUAGUUGAAUAUUUUUUAAAAGAUAUUUAUUUUUGAGAUAAAGUUUAAAUCACAAUAUAUUUAUAGAAUCUAAUAUAAUAAAUACAUUCAGGUAAGUUCUAAUUUUAGAAACGUACAAUCGAUGUAAUUAAAUAUUUUUUUUACUAUGACUAAUGUACUGUACAUAAUAUUUUCAAAUCGAAAUAGUUAAGACGUAUAUCAUAAUGAUUUUAUAAUAUUAGGCCCUUAAAUUAAGCGGUACAUUUUAAAUAGCACAAGAUACGUAGUCUAACAAUUCUUUGUAUAAAUAAUAUAGUUGUCUUAUUUGCUAUAUUAACAAAUUAAUAUAAGUAAUAUCUGGCUUAGAUUUACAUUACUGUGUUUCGUAAUUAGCUAUACAAAAAUUACUUUGUAGAUUCACGACUUAAUAAAAUGUAUCAAGUCA